AUGACCACCCCUACAUUUUGCAAUGAACUCUUCUGGAUGACGUGGAAGGCAAGUGAUCAGGUGGAAAGGUGGAAGUGGUAUUUAACUGUUGCUGGAGUGUUUGAAAAAUCAUUCUUUCACUUAUUUCUGUGUGUGAUGGGAAAGGCUGCGGAUCUAAGUGACUUUGAUAGAGGGCAGAUUGUAAUGGCUCGAAUUCUCGGAACAAGUAUUUCCGAAACUGCACGACUCGUGGGUUGUUCGCGAUCAACAGUUGUUAGUACUUAUGCAAAGUGGAUGAUUGACAGUGAAACCAGCAGUAGACGACAUGGUUUUGGACGUUCACACUCUAUCAAAGGGAAAGGUUUUCGAAGAUUGUCUCGCUUGGUGAAGCAAAACCGGAGCCAGACAGUGACUCAGCUGACAGCCCAAUACAAUGCAGUUUCACGUAGAAUAGUAUCAGAGCGCAAUGUUCAGCGGACACUGUAG